AUGCCUGUUGCUGGAGGUCUUCCACAGUUCCCACCACCAGGAGCUGUCCACAAGGAGGGAGAAACAGAGGCGGAACGGCUGCACAGACAACAAGAACAGCUGUUGCAAAUGGAACGAGAGCGAGUUGAGUUGGAGAAACUGAGACAACUACGGCUGCAAGAAGAACUAGAGAGAGAAAGAAUUGAGUUGAAGAUACACAGAGAGAAAGAACAGAUGUUGGUGCAGAGAGAACUACACGAGCUGCAAAGUAUAAAGGAACAGAACAAGCAGUUGAAAGACUUUCAAGUAAAAUCAGUCAAACAGGUCUUCCAGCAGCAGCAGCAGGAGCGGGAGAAGCAAUUGGUUCUCCAAAGGGAACAGUUGGCUCAGCAAAAGUCUCAGCUGGACCAGAUCCAGUCCCUACAGCAGCAGCUUCAGCAGCAGCUGGAGGAGCAGAAGAGGCAGAAGACAGCACAGGUGGACUCCAGUGGCCAGCCUGUGCACCCGUACAUGGACGCUCAUGCCAGCUCGCGCUCUUUGCCAAACUCCUCGUCAGAGAUCUGUCUCCGCAGUCAGGAGGAGCAGCUGGAGGCCCGCGCCAUGAGGAAACACAGCUCUAUGACGCGUCUGCCCCGGGACGAUGGGGAGGUGCACUUCUACGGGACACCCAGGCGCGCCGUCGACAGCUGUGUGCAGACCGACGAUGAGGACACAGAGGAGAGGUACAUGAUGCGCCCUCGAAGCCGUCGCCGUGGACGCAGUGUGGACUGUUCCGUUCAGACAGAUGACGAUGAGGACAAGGUUGAGACAGAGCACCCGGUCCGUAGAAGGCGUUCCCGCUACUCCCGCCACGCAGAGACCGCCAACACAGCCUCCUCCAACACCACGUCUGCACCAACUGAUCCCAAAGCCGACAAGACAGUGUCCUCCAGUAUUGCCAUCCAGACCAUCCGCGAAAUGUCUUGUCAAACUGAAGUCGAGCACUUGGGAAGGGUCUCUCCGGCAAUCCACGUUACGGUCCCAGAUCCCAACAAGGUCGAGAUCGUUCAUUACAUCUCUGGACCUGAGCGUACGCAGAAGGGACAGUCUUUGGCUUGUCAAACUGAUCCAGAGGCACAAUCGCAAGGAGUGGUAGCACCCCAGUUAAGCGUCCCGACUACGGUUAGCCCAUAUUCAACAUCAACAAACAGCGGGACUCAACAAUCCAGCGACAUUUUGAGCCAAAGGCAACAGCAGCAGAUAGCGGCAAACGCAGCUAAGUUCGAAAGACGUCGACCUGAUCCUUUGGACAUCAACUACCAACCACACAAUCACAUCCACAAUGAAUCCAUCUCAAAUAUAAUCCGCCAACAGCAGAACGCUCCCAAGUCUCCCCAAGUCCUAUACUCACCGGUCUCUCCGGUCUCACCCCACCGGCUUUUGGAGACUUCGUUAUCGAGCGAGCGGUUGAACAAGGCCCAUGUGACGCCGCAGCAGAAGUCGUACACUGCCGAGUUGCCCCAAAGACACCCGUCUGUUCCGAGGCCCAUCAAGAGCACGCAGAGAUCCAUGUCUGACCCCAAACCUCUCAGCCCGACCACGGACGAACACACCAAGGCCCGACUGGCUCUGUACCAGCAGCAGGCGCUCCAGAACCAGCUGGCAGCGUUGCAGCAGAGUGCCCUGCUUCGUAAGGUGAAGAGAACCCUUCCAAGCCCGCCUCCAGACGAGACCGUUGCCACCUCGCACCACCUGCCCAUGAUGACCCCCACGCUACAACAAGUCUACCUGCCCGCCGUGCCCAGCCUCAAGCCCAGCUCCCGAUCAGGCCUGGCCGCCAAAGCCAGCCUCCUCAAGGACCUCACCCACGAACUGAAAGCCGUGGAGCAAGAGUCCACCAAGCUCCGCAAGCAGCAAGCCGAAUUAGAGGAGGAAGAGAAAGAAAUUGAUGCCAAGCUGAGAUACUUAGAGCUGGGCAUCCAUCAGAGGAAAGAGACAUUGGUGAAAGAGAGGGAAAGAAGGGAUAUUGCUUACCUCAGGUGUAUGGGGGACACUAGGGACUAUAUGUCGGACAGUGAGUUGAAUAAUCUCCGUUUAGCAGCAUCAGGGGUGCAUGACGCUAACGGUCUACUGGCGACGAGGCCGAGUACCGCGCCGUUGAGCCAGUUCCCCAGCGAUCUAAACACAGCGGCGCAGUACCCACCCACGUCUUCAUAUGUGUCAUGUCAGUACCCGCAAGGUCAACCACAAGCACCCCCCCAGUCAUCGAGUGUUCCUUAUCAAUCCGCAACAUACAACAAACCUCCCUACCCGACAGUGUCCCAAUCCCAGGCACUACCGCAGCCAACGCCUCUCCAGACUCAUGGCCCACCUCCCCCUGGACCCACCUACCAGCCUCCAACCUCAUAUCCCUCCCACACGUACCCCCAAGCCCAGCCCCCAUACCCCCAGACAGAACUGGGGAUACCAGCUGCACCACAAUCCCAGCCUGGGCACACCACAACUGGUUUUGCGCCUGCUCCUCCAGGUCAGCCACCAUACCCCACCCACAGCUCACCAUAUCCAAGUGCUGUGUCCUCCUACCCCAGCCAAACCACUGCUCCUUAUCCUGGCCAACCCCAGGCUGAUAUCCUGACAGUGCAUCCGGGGAGGCCAAGGCAAACCAAUCUUGCUGAUCUUGAGCACAAGAUGCCCACGAAUUAUGAGACACUUAGCAACCCGACAGUGGUGGUGACAACAACUGCUCAAGAUGCAACCUAUUCCAAUGCAGCACCUGCAUAUGGACCAUAUGGUGGAGACAGUACGGCGACAUAUAGCACUACAGAUGCCAUGUAUGGGGGCCCUGGCUUAGAGCAAAAUAUCCCAAGAAACUACAUGAUGUGUGAUGAUGUUAGUGAGCUGACGGCAAAAGACGGGCUGGGCACGACAACAGCGGACAUGAUGCAUCACGGCGGCACAGGGCGAUACCCAGGAGACAUCCACAGCUCAACGCGCGGUGGCACUGGCUCCUAUGGCAGGGCUACUGAGGAUGAAGCAGCGCUACAGGAAGACAUGUACGACCACCACGGCAGGGGUAAGAGCAGCUACAGGCACGGACCACUAGGGGGCAUGGGUGGGGGAUUCUCCUAUAUGUAUGACUACGACUUCAAACAUGGCGCCAUCCGACAAAAGCAGAGAAGCCUCUUGGCACCCGCCGUCAUGUCAACCAAGCGCAGCAAGCAUCGGAAACUAGGAAGCAUGGAGCAGAAAAUUUCCAAGUUUUCCCCCAUCGAAGAGGCCCGAGACGUGGAGGCAGACCUGGCAGCAUACACCUCAGCAACAGCAGGGGGCGGGACCUAUCCCUCGGCCCAAAUCCGAGGACGUCAGCUGAUCGAGGACUAUGGCUUCAAGCGGAGCACUGUCAACAGCAGCACUGGCUCUGGUCACAUCAGCAGACUCUACGGAUCGAUGUUCGACGAAGAUGACCGGAUUUACUACACCAGUGGAGGCCGCUCCCGUUCCCACGGUUAUGGCAUGGACAAAAUUUCUUCCCGGGACUAUUCAGGGUACCGCAGUCGAUCUUAUGAAAGGGAUGACCGGCCCUACAGCUCUGGCUAUAGCCGGGGCCGCUACCCGACCAGGCAGUACUCGGAAGAAGAAAGCCCUCUCAGUCCCAUGGGGCGGUUUAUAAGUUCACGUCGAUCUUCAAGUUUAGGUCCUGAUCCUUACGAGGGUCGCAGCAGUAAAUAUCAAUACUAUUAUGGCCAGUAUGGGUCCAGCCACUCCCUUCCAGAUGUGCAGGACCAUAUUCGGGACCUCCCGCGGACACACGUCUACAAAUCGGCUGACACAUACUUAAUUGACGAUUAUCAUUGCGCUGUGUCAGACAGCGAAGCCUACCAUUUGGGACAGGAGGAGACGGACUGGUUUGAGAAGCCCAGGUCCAGUUCACGACACUACGGCAGCCACUCCACGUCCCGGAGCAGGGGUCAUGCUGCCGUCAAACACACGUACCACGACUACGACGAGCCGCCGGAGGAGGACCUGUGGCCUCAGGACGAGUACGGCCACAGCGGCAGACACUCCUCCUCCUCUCGUGAUCAUCGACACCACGGAAGCACCGGCCGCCACUCCUCCUCCAGGCACUCAGAGGAACAGCGCUCCUCAAGGUCGACUAAAGGCCACCCCAAAGACCCGUCCAUGCGUCACGACCCCUCUGGCCGGUCCUCGUCCACAGGCAGGAGAGGAGAGUCGCGCUCAGGGUCCUACCACUCCUCUGACUAUUCUCGGGAUCCUUCUGGGCACCACCACGGGCAGAGGUCUUCACGGCAGGGCGACCCACACCGUUCGUCCAGGAGCAAGUCUCAGCCUCCGGGAGACAUGCAGGGGCAGACAGGCUCCAGGUCGAGCAGUUCGACCCGUGGGCAGGGUCCUGUGGGUCCAGCUGGCUCUGGUCGUGGUCCCGGAUCCCAGAGCGAUGGGACCCAGGGACAGAGGGCCACACUGCAGACACAAGCCCAGACCUCGGCCUCUCGUCCCGGACAGGGAGGAGUGGGAGGGGCCCCUGGAUCUCAGCAACAGCCCCUUAGUGCGGGACAGGCCGCGGGGCUAGGGCCAGGACAGACCAAACCAGGACAGAUGGGACAGAUGGGUCCAGCAGGAGGUGCCAUGGGACAGACCAGGCAGACCGGACCUGCUGGGACCAUGUCGUCUCCUAUGGCUAAGAUCGACACUCCGCCGAUCACAGCCAUAGGAGCCAAGGCUGCUCCCAUCGCUGCCAACAAGGCGGGACAACCUCCCCUCACCGGCAUCGGCUCUAAAGCUGCCACUCGUCCUGGAGGCAUCGGCAGUGCGGCCGCAGGCAUUCCCGGGAUGGAGGGAGACGGAAUGUUGUCCAAGAUUCUUCCCGGUGGAGCCGCGGAACAGGCCGGAAAAUUGGGAGAAGCGAUCACUGGAUUUGGAAAAAAGUUCACCUCAUUCUUCUGA